AUCAGAGAGAAGGGAAUUCCUGGAGACUCUAAAUUGACUCUCGCCCUCAACCUUCACCCCCACUGCUCCCCCGUUCCCCUCCCCGCGCGCGCUGUCUCUCUCGCUUUCCCAAGCUUCUCCUGCGCGCAGAGUUUUCCGUCCCGUGUCUAGAUAACAUCGCAAACAAAGACCAUCUAACGGUAAGAAAACAGACAAAUGGAAGCAGUUGAGAAAACUCUCACUUACCAAGAAGACACUGGACUAAACAGAAAGCUGCUCCCAGUCGACAAUAAUUACAAGGACAAGUGCCAACCUGACACAAAAAGCCUCGAAUCCAAUUACGUUGAUUUGGAUGACCUGCUUGAUAUGAAAUCAGAGGGCACAAAAACUGUGAAAGUGACUUUUACCGGCGAAGGUAAUCAGCUCGCUGUGUUCAAAUGCAACAGUGACACUUCUGGAGACAGGAGUCCCGGAGUUCGAGUGCUUGAUGAUAAUGUUGAUCAAAUAUGUUCAAAGGACUAUCAUGAGCACUCACAGGGCGACUGGACUGACAGGACCGUUGUGGACGAGCCCCCAGUGGAAACGUCUCUGACAGGAGUUCCCAACGUGGACUUUCAAAAUGGGAACACAAGAGAGUUCCAACCUAAAAUCGAGUUCCAUGAUGACAACCUACAAAAUGUCGGCAGUGAAUGUGAGGAAUUACAAUAUACGGACAUGUAUUUAAACAGUAAAAGUGAGUCUGACGACGCGGCGAGCGUGGUGCUCUCCGAGGCAGAGCACUGUGAGCCUGACACAGUGGAGGAUGAGUCCCACUACAUAACCACUCAUGAAAUCCAACUGACGGAGCUCGACCAUGAUGUCGAUUAUGACUUUGGACGGGGAACCUGUUGGGAUUUGGAGGACGAUAAUCUUGUGUACUCGUUUGUGGAUUAUGCCUCUUUUGAAAGUGACGAAACAGCGGAGGGGACUUUGAUAGUGGAGGGAAAGGGUCAGACAAAAGUGAAAAGUAGCAAGGCGCAUAAUAAUAAUGUACUCCAACGCGCCGGAGGUGCAGUUGUCAGCACCGAGCAAGAGAGUGAUCUUUGUGACUCGGACAAAUGCGCCAGCUCAGAUGAAAGCGCGUUCAAAAACCAAAACGGUAGUGGAAAUCCGUCAGGCCAAAUUCACUUGUCCAUUAAGACCUCUUCUCGAGCCAUAAACGACUCUAACAAUAUAAUUGAGAAGGAAAACAUUUGCUAUCAUACCAAACAUAUGGGAGAUGGGAGUCAUUUCUUUUUUACAAGCACUGACGCCAGAGCGGAGACAUUAUGCGACAGAGCCCAGUACUUUAUCCCCGCCCCAGGGCGCCAGCACCUCGCUACCAAAUUAAGGGGUAAAGAUAUUAAUGAGUAUUCCAGCGGUGCGUCAAGUUCAAUCAGUGAACUCGACGAUGCAGACAAGGAGGUGCGUAAUUUAACCGCCAAGUCUUUCCGAAGUUUGGCAUGCCCCUAUUUUGAUGCCAUUAAUUUAAGCACUUCAAGCGAGUCUUCCAUGUCAGAAUACAGCCUUGGCUUGAACAAGUGGUCGGCAUAUGUCGACCUAAAAUAUGGCACCAUGUCACAUGGAAGAGAGAAUAAUCUUCUCGCACAUAAGAGUGCCCAGUUAGAAAUUAGUAAACAUGCCGAGUUAAAAAACAGGAAUGGCAAGGCUACAUGUAACAAGAAAGUGCCCCAAACCAGAAUGUAUGCUUUGAAUAAGAAAAUGUCAAGUUCACAACAAGAAUCCUCAGCCACAAAAAAUAUACAAAUGAAAGGUCAACCGGGACAGGGAGAGGUUAUUACACUGACAGAAACACUGAAUUUUCGUUGUAAUGUUGAAACAGGGUUACCUGAACGAGGAAGGCUUCCAAAAUGUUCCGAAAAUGCGAAACGAUCACGUUCCAAGGAUGAGGUUACGGGCAUCGCGCCAGGCAGGCAAGGGUGUGAAGCUAGCUACGAACACAGUGACGCUGUGGACAGCAUGGAAGACACACACAAGAAGGCAAUUUUCGCCUCAAGCCUUUUGAAAAAUGUAAUAUCCAAAAAGAUGCAGUUUGAACAAGAGCGGAAAAUGGAGCGGGGGGAAAUACGAGACACAUAUCCCUCUCACUCCCCAUGCUUUCAGUGCAAGGAUCAAGACAUGAGAGAGAGAGGCUUGAGGAGAGGCUUACCAAGACAGUCCUCAGAAACAAGCUCGGGAUUCACCCCUAAUUCUCUGGAUGAGCUAGAGGUGGAAGAGAGCAGGCCCGGUUCUUGUGACACCUCAGAAGAACGAAGUAGCGACACGGAGACCGAAUCUUUAGAAGGCGCACGGCCGACAACUGAGCUAGCUGUUGACAUAAAAAAGGACCCAAUUGACAGUUCGAGAGGACCGCUUAGCCGUAGUCAAAACAGUGCAUUCAAAUCCUGGAAGGAUGGAGAGCAGGAGCCUCAAAAGGAGCCUGAAGUCGAUGGAGUUUUGGGUGACACACCCUCAACACAAAAUAACACAGGGGGGAAUAAACUGGACACUGGAGCUGUAAGUAGCAAGCUAACAAAAUUAUCUCACUUGUUCGUUCCAAGUUCUCAGCUUCUUCCUAAAGAUCAGGAAGCGCGAGAACAGCUGUCUCAACAUUCACCUGGGAUAAAUGCGCCCCUGAGUCUUAAAGUGGGCGGGGAGAGACAUUUAGGUAUGGGGGGAUAUGGAAACGCAAAAAAGGUACCUGAGAUAAAAAUAUGCCUGAGAAGCGUAAAAGAAAACAAACUUUGCCCUCUAAACAUUGCAAACUUGUUGACUCCUAAGAUAGGUUAUACCACUGUAAACCCAAUGAAGACAGCAGGUAACUCCAAGUGUCAUGUGCUGGCUGUGUCGGAUAAGAUACCACACUUCACAGUCAGGGAUGUUAGAGACAACAAGGUUAAGUUCCAAACUCCCAUUUAUCAGGUGAGAGAUGUGCGCAAAUUGGUUAAAAGUUCAUAUCCGUCUAUUUCAUUGGAUAGCUGCGAACAAAGGCCCCAAGUUAACCCUCCUGUAUCAGCAGAAAUUCGAGAGAAUAAUGAAGGUUCAAAGAAGGAAACAAAUAAGACCGCAUCUCCAUUUCCAAUCGUGAUAAAGUGCCAGUCUGUGAAUAAUAGCAAUUUGAAACAACAAGCCCAGUUGUCCGAUACGCCGUUACGCAAACAAAACGAUGCUGACCGAUCAUCUCCAAAAGUUCCCCCGGAAAAUGCCAAACACGAAACCUCAUCCCCUUUUCGAAUAACGGGCCGAGUUGCACCUGUCUUUUCCAAACAGGCUAACCCCGAUCAAUCCGAAAUUCAGUUCAAUAUUGAAACAAAAACGGCAAAAACGAGGCAGGAGAAAUCGGCUGAUACUGGAGAAAGGAAACCUGAAACAAAAAUCCCCAAACAAGCGGCGCUAGAGAAACUGAAAGCUGCUGUAAAAACUAUGGAACAGCUUUAUGUGUUUGACAGAAAUGAGUGGAAACGUAAAACACAGGCUCCUCGACCCAUCACCGACAGCCACGUUCUGUCACUCAUUGCCCGGGAAGAGCAAGGUGGGCCGGUGAAAGCCGACUUAGAAGAGGAGCCAGGUGGAGCAUCAUGUAAUGAAAGACUGACACAUUUUGAACCUCAAACAUUUGUGAACAUGACAGAAACACGCAAAGCACGAGAGGAUAAAGAAACUGUGAAAAUUAUACAUGUCCCAUAUAAUGAGGAUACUUUUAAAAUUCAGUCACAACAGAGUAAAACCUUUAGUAACAAAAGCGUGUUCCAUUUAUGGAAUAAUAAUCAGACACCAGUCAGCACAAGUUCUACUCAUAACAACUCACUUCAAAGUGGCAUUCAGUCCCAAACCCCCUCUAUCCCUAUGAAAAGCAUCAGCUGUAAUACCUCAAAAGUCCCACUGUCAUUCAAAAUAUCCCCCACAAGAAGAGCCCCAGUGGACAGGGUUAGGCUCAAAAACAGCCCUACAGACAUCAGUGCUCAACAACAGUCUUCCAAACCUGGCAACCCGGAAUCUGAAAACUAUCUGACUAUACCUGUGAAAGGCUAUGUAGGUGAAAUCAAGUUUCCAAGCCAAGACCGUAAGCUAACUGGCAACCCCACCACAAUCAUUCAAACCACUAUCGAUGACACAAAGAGAUGCGAGCCUUCGGCUCUACCCCUAAGGCAUACCCCUAUUGUCAUGGAGACGCAUUCCCCUGACCCCCAACCGGCCACUAUCUACCACAACUCUGUGCCAGUGUCCUUGCAGCCCCCCCAGCCGCACGUGUUCUGCUUCUCCCCCCCCAUCCCUACCCUUUCCCCCACCCCCUCGGGCGUGGACUCCUACCAGCAGAUCCAGAGGAAGAUGCUCCUGGACCCCACCACUGGUCAGUGCUACCUAGUGGACACCCCGGUCCAGCCUGCCACUAAACGCCUCUUCGACCCUGAGACUGGACAGUUUGUGGAAGUGCCCAUGCCAGCCCACCAGCCGCCCAUCAACCCCAUGACCCCUGUCACCCCUGUGCCCAUGUCUAUCUCCCCCUUGGCACUCAGCCCAGGGGCGUUCGCGCCCACCUACAUGAUCUACCCGAGCUUCAUCCCCUCACCCGCCUUCCCCACCCAGACAGUGUCAGCCCAAGGACUGUCCAGGAUGGAGGAUGACAACGCAAGUAAGAAGCCCCAGGGAAAGCACACAGGUCCGCAUGCUGGGAAGGAGGCUAACAUGACUGGGGCGGAGAGCCCGUACUACAGCGCCACUGGAGGUAGCGUUCAGCACCCGGUGCUGCCCGUGAGCCGGGGACACGUCACCGCCAGGGGCGUUGCUGCCACCUCAGACGGAAAGCCCGUCAUCAGCAUCACAACGCAGCAGGGGCCCCGGAUCAUCGCCCCACCCUCUUUCGAUGGCACCACCAUGAGCUUCGUGGUGGAGCAUCGAUAACACAGAGGAAGUAGCACACACGAGUCUUCUGAGGAGCCUGUCCUGCCCUAAACCCAUUUCCAAUAUUGCCUUUUUCCUCCCUCCCCUAAAUUGCGCUUGAAACUCUUCACACAUCACUGCUCGUCACUUUCAACUGUAUAGCUCUUUUGCCUUUAGUCUUUGCGACAAGUUUCUGUUCUGUAAAGCUAUGCCUUCAGGCCGCGGCCUUUCUGCAAUAGUGACUUGGCACAGCUUUGAUGGAGCCCAAUGUAGAGUACUGGCUUCCUCUUUAAAAAGCAGUGUUGUAACUGCAAUAUUGUUAUUCAAAAGGAAAUAGUAUUGCAAAGUUAUUGUUUACUCCCUAAAUAUGUUUGAGCGCAACAUGUUUUGAGUUUGAUUGAAGUACUUUAAAUUAGUAAAAUGGUCCCUUUGACAAUCUGCUCUAUUACCUGAUGUACAUAUUUCCUCAGCAAGUGAAUGCUAUUAGUGUUCUAUUUAGUGAUAUCAGUCAAUAAAAAUGAAUAGUUCCUACGAUAUCAUUAUGAAAACGUCUCUCCCUUUCCCUUCCAACCCUCCCUAUUUCUCAAUUUCUCUCUUCGUCUCUCUACCUACCUCUCUCUAUCUCUCUCUCACUCCCUCAUGCAUCUUAAUCUGUGGCCGUGGGAUCCAUUUCAUCUGAUCCAAGUAAAUUCAGAAGAGGUAUUUCAAUCAUCAAUCUGAAACUGAACCACACACUUUUCAUCAUCCUUGGAGCCAUCUAGAAGUCAUAUCUUCAUCUCUAAAUAAUUCUACCCUUUUCCAUUACUUUUAAAAGACUAUUGGUCCUUCAUCUGAUAUAGCUCAGCUCCAUGAUUCUUAAAUCACAACACUGUUCAUGCUAGCCCAAUUUCUGUAUGACUGAUUGUAUAUAUAUAUAUAUAUAUACAGUAUAUGUGUGUAUAUAUAUAUGUGGAUGUGUAUAUGCGACAUCCUUCUUGUAUGCCAGAGCAAAUGUGACGAUUGGAGAAAUAAGACGAGAACAGAGACUCACCAAGUGUGUGUCUCAGAAUAACCGAGGCCGUGCCCUGGCACUCUCCACAUGCCUAGUGGUUUGUACAGGGGGCGAUAGGUCGGUCCUAUACUGUACUUGGGGCUAAGGUUUCCCAAGCAGAGAUGGGCUCAGGGACUCAGCUAAGCAAAGCUUUUUAGGGGACAACCUCCUCUAUGAGUUUUAGAAUGAUCUUUACACUUAUCGUGUAAAGGAGUAGGAGAUUGGUGCAUAUUUAAGUGGCUUACAAGUCUGUGUGUAUGUGUGUGUUCAGACUUUGCAAAGCAGCCAGCAAAUGUGAUUACAGGCAACAUGGAGAUUUGCUGUUUCAUUGUAAAUGGUCCAAUUUUAGUGUAAAUUAUACGUGCAAUAAUAUAUUGACAAUCUCAGUAACAAGUGUUGUUUUAUUUUUUCCUCCCUUUCCUUCUCCCAUUUUUAGGAUUAAAAAAAUAUAUAUAUUGACAUAGUCAAUCAAGGCCUACAAAGACCCACAUGUCUAAAACUGUGUUUCCUUUUGAUUUUAACAAUGUUGCAUAGUAACAUCUGGACCCCUGGUGCUCUCUGAGUUCCAUGUGGUCAUGACAAAUGCUGUCGUUUGCUGUUAUUUCUUCUUUAACCAAAUGUAGCAUGCAGGAGCUGGAGCUGCUGGUCAGUCUACGUACCUGAAACGUUCAAUGUAUUUAUGUCCUUGUAACAACUAUAUUCUCAGUGCCUUACGAUAAUGCAGAUAAUGUGGGUUGGUACAGUGUUUGUACAGUUUGUGUUCAACUGGGCCAUAGAUGAUCUUGGUUACUCUCUCUUUUAUAUGAAAGUAAGCCAGUGAUAAUAACUAAUAAUAUUAUUCAUGAUUGGUCAGUUCAAUUAUUAAUGAAAUUCUGAAUGAUUCAAGAUGAACAAAUGCAACUCUCACAAACUACUAAGUACUUACUGUCAAAUGAUUAUACUAUAAUUUUAGGGGCAGUUGUUGACUAUUUUGUACAUGUUUUUUUAUGGGAUUCAUUAAAACAAGCAGCACUUUGGCCCACUGUACCUGAUAGUCACCAAGUUGUAUCAAUCAAAUGAUAAUUACCAAGCUGAGGACUUGUAUGUCCAUCUUAUAUUAAUUAAAAUGGUCAGAGUUACAGAAUACCAAGUUACAGAAAACAAGCACAGCAGACACAAUCAGAAACAAUUCUUACUUACUUUUCUUUGUAAAAUAAAUAAAAAGACAGAAUAACCAUUGUUAUUCUAUCCGC